AUGUCCAAGAUGCCGGCCAAGAAGAAGAGCUGCUUCCAGAUCACCAGUGUCACCACGGCCCAGGUGGCCACCAGCAUCACCGAGGACACCGAGAGCCUGGACGACCCGGACGAGUCACGCACCGAGGACGUCUCCUCUGAGAUAUUUGACGUGUCUCGGGCCACGGAUUAUGGCCCCGAGGAGGUCUGCGAGCGUAGCUCCUCUGAAGAGACUCUCAACAACGUUGGGGAUGCGGAGACUCCCGGCACGGUCUCCCCAAACCUCCUCCUGGACGGGCAGCUAGCGGCCGCGGCUACUGCUCCCGCCAACGGAGGAGGAGCCGUUUCUGCCCGGAGCGUGAUUGGGGCGCUGGCCAAUACUGGGGCGACAGCUGCCACCGCAGCCCCCUCUUCGGGGGCACCCGGCGCCCCCCCGGCCGCGGGCUCAUCCGCGGGGCCAGCUCCGUCGCAGCCCACCACCACUUGUAGUUCCCGGUUUCGCGUGAUCAAGCUAGACCACGGGAGCGGGGAGCCCUAUAGGCGCGGCCGAUGGACGUGUAUGGAAUACUAUGAGCGGGAUUCGGACAGCAGCGUCCUGACCAGGUCCGGUGAUUGCAUUCGGCACAGCAAUACUUUUGACCAGACUGCGGAUCGAGACAGCGGCCUGGGCGCCACCGGAGGGUCGGUGGUGGUGGUGGUGGCCUCGGUGCAGGGGGCACACGGGCCCGACUCGGGAACUGACAAUUCCCUGACUGCUGUGUCACAGCUACCCCCGUCGGAGAAAAUGAGCCUGCCCGCCCCGGCCCCGCCGCUGAGUUUUGGCGUCGGGCAGCUCCAGCCGCCGCCUCCGCCCGUAGGUGGGGCUGUGGCUCCAAGCUUGGCUUCGAGGCCAUCGUUCCCGGGGGCCGCAACCGGACCGCAGCAAGUGAUGGCGGCUCCGCAGCCCAGCCAGCCCCAGGGAACCGGGCCGGGCGUCAUCCCUCCGGGGCCCAAUGGACAGGGUCUUCCGCCAACGAAUGUAACCCUGGCGCAACCCGGCGUGUCUCUGUCUCCGCAGCCUGGCCCGGCCGCCAGCGCUGCUGCGACGCCGCAGCCUCAGCAGUUCGCGUAUCCCCAGCCUCAGAUUCCGCCGGGGCAUUUGCUGCCCGUCCAGCCCUCCGGCCCUAGUGAGUACCUGCAACAGCACGUGGCCGGCCUGCAGCCGUCGUGCCCCGCUCAGCCCUCUGCCGCCGGCGCUGGAACGAGCCUCGCCGCAGCGGCCAGCCUUCCGGUGGGCACUGGCCAGAAUGCCCCCUCGGGGACCGCGCCGAUCAUGGGCCCCUCUUCCCUGCCAAAUGAAGCUGUGGCUCCGGGGCCGGGAAACGCGCCAGGCGGACGGGCCGCGCCUAGUCAGCCGGCUGGAGUUCCCCCCGCUCCUGUGGGAGGCACGGUGCAACCGGGCCUGGUUCCUACCGGGGCCGGGCAGCCCCAGUCCGCGCCUUCGCCGCAGGUGGGAGGCAGCGGUGGGCCGACAGCCGCGUCCUGUGGCCCUCACACCACGGUGCCCGGAGUUCCAAACGUGCCUGCCGCCGUGCCCGCUCCAAGCGUGCCCAGUGUAUCUACCACAUCUGUUACUAUGCCACAUGCACCCACGGCGCUGGUCCAGUCGCAGCAGUUGAGCAGCCAUACGCCAGUCAGCAGGAGCGGCAGCAUAUUCCAGCAAGUCGGGCUGCCUUUAGCGCAAGGCACACCCAGUGCACCAACAAGUCUACCACAGUCUGACCUAAGCCAGUUUCAGACUCAUACCCAGCCUUUAGCCGGACAAGCUGACGAUACUAGAAGAAAAUCAGAACCCCUACCUCAACCACCACUUUCUCUCAUUGCUGAAAAUAAGCCUGUUGUGAAGCCUCCUGUUCCAGAUGCCCUGGCAAAUCCCCUUCAGUUAACACCUAUGAACAGUCUGGCCACCUCUGUAUUCAGCAUAGCUAUUCCUGUUGAUGGUGAUGAAGACAGGAAUCCUUCAACUGCUUUCUACCAAGCGUUCCAUUUGAACACGUUUCAGGAAUCAAAGAACCUCUGGGAUAGUGCAUCUGGGGCAGGUGGUGUAGCCAUUGACAACAAAAUAGAACAAGCAAUGGAUCUGGUGAAAAGCCAUUUGAUGUAUGCAGUAAGAGAAGAAGUGGAAGUUCUAAAGGAACAAAUAAAAGAAUUAGUUGAAAGAAACUCUUUACUUGAACGAGAAAAUGCACUGUUAAAAUCUCUUUCAAACAAUGAUCAAUUAUCCCAACUCCCAGCCCAACAGGCCAAUCCUGGUAGCACUUCUCAACAGCAAGCAGUGAUAGCACAGCCUCCGCAGCCAACGCAACCUCCACAGCAGCCGAAUGUCUCCUCAGCAUAA